AUGGGCUGUAAUUUAGUUCAAUUCAGAACUGCAGAUAGUAAAGCCUUCACAGCAGCCAGGGAUGCCUGGGCACAAGUGCCUGAGUUCCGAGGGACUUUGGGAAACACUUUGCUAACUCUCUCCUGCCUGGAAACCAGGAUUCUGCACCUGCCUGAUGGACAGUCUGGCCAGAGCCUUGGCCGUGCCCCCGGGGACAAGGAACUAGCACAAAUAACCGUGUGGAAAUUGGAUCGUGGCAAAAUUACCAAUAAGUCCAUAAAGGAAACUGAAGGCAGUUUGAUCUACACCUUCAAUAACAGUCCCACAAAAGUUGAAGAAAUAUGUUAUGUCUCCAAAGACACAUACUCCAAAGAGCAUAGUUAUACCCUAAAAUUAGGACGUGAUUCAGGUGGAACGGGUUCCCUGUGCUCUACUGAGGCUCAAGGGAUUCCUGAGAGUCCUGAAGACACAGAAGGAAGAACGUCUAUCCUGGUGGAAGAUGGUGUGACUGAGACCUGGAUAGGUAAGUUACUGGCUGAAAGUGACCGAGUGAGGUUGGUGAUGAGGGCUAAGCUUGAAACCUGGGCAGCACCAUCACACUCUGUCCUGAGGACUUUCAUAGGAUCGUCUAUAAUACCAUUUGCCAUCAUUGGUACCCUGGGUAGAGGAGAUGCUAGGAGCAAGGACCAGAGCCAAAGAUACUGCAAAGCAACGGAAUCCCUGUUGGGGCAACGUCCCCAAAGGGAGAGAAUUGGAUGGAGCAAGAGGAGGACGAGUCAACAAGGGACCGGAGGAUCUUCUAAUCCCUGUGGGUGGCAGUGA